AGGAUAUUUGUUUACAUUUCGAUCACGCUUGAAUACAAAUCGAUUUGAAGCGCGGUAUUUAUUCUGUGACAUCUGUAGAUUGCCGAUUAUUCAGAAACUUUUUUCCUCAAAACUUUUAACACUUUCGUGGACAAGGACUUAAUAUCUGAAGUUCCAUUCAAGGGGUGAAGGUGGAGAUGGUGGUGCUAAAUCCAUAAAAUGUGGGGUUCAGACAGCCCGAGAGUGAUUCAGAAUGGCGAUGCACAGAGCGGCUUGGACUUCGUUCAACGGCCUCUCUCACUUCCACAGUAUUUUAUGGUCUAGCCGAUGUGUGACGAAUUUUUGUGUGCCAUCCGUCAUUCGAGUAGCAAGGAAACUGUGGCUGCCAUUCGGAAAAAGUUGGUGAUCGUCGGAGAUGGAGCAUGUGGAAAAACCUGUCUGUUGAUAGUAUUCAGCAAAGAUCAGUUCCCUGAAGUGUAUGUUCCAACUGUUUUUGAAAAUUAUGUGGCAGACAUUGAGGUCGAUGGCAAACAGGUGGAAUUGGCUCUGUGGGAUACAGCUGGACAGGAAGAUUAUGACCGCUUGCGUCCCUUAUCAUAUCCAGACACUGAUGUUAUCCUGAUGUGUUUCUCCAUUGAUUCUCCAGACUCCUUGGAGAACAUUCCUGAGAAAUGGACCCCGGAAGUUAAGCACUUCUGUCCUAACGUUCCAAUCAUUCUAGUAGGGAAUAAAAAGGAUUUGCGCAAUGACACAAACACAAUCAAGGAGUUAGGCAAAAUGAAGCAAGAGCCAGUAAAGACAGAAGAAGGACGAGCUAUGGCUGAGAAGAUAAAUGCUUUUGCCUAUCUUGAAUGUUCUGCAAAGAGCAAAGAAGGUGUACGUGAAGUGUUUGAAACUGCAACUCGAGCUGCACUUCAGGUGAAGAACAAGAAGCGUAGUUUCUGCUGCUUGUUUUAAAAACUGUUGGUGUUUCAACAACUAUGUAUCUCUGUUUAUGUUGUGCAUUUUAAAUUUGUAUGUACUGCUUUCACUCAAAUUUUUUAUUAUUAUGUUUGGUCGAAAUUGUCUUGAAAAUUAUUUGUAACUUUAGUGGCUUUUGCUUUCUAAAAAUUUACUGUAAGUACAGUAAACUCUCGAUUAUCCGUGCUAAUUGGGAUCAACAGAUGCCCGGUUAAUUCAAAUCCUGUAAAAAAAAAACUGAACAAUCCGUUUCAUGACAAGGGGCUGCCCUCGAAUUUUGGUUGCACCAUAUAUUUGUCUUCAGUAGAAUUCUGAGCACAAGUGAAGUCUGUUUGUUCUGUGUCUCAGCUUAUUGGAAAGUAAAUAAUACGGCUCUGUCUUUCCUUUCUCCGUCUACUGGGGAGGUGGCAGUCACCCUUUUCUUUUCCCCCUCCUUCCUCAUAUUUAAUUUUUAUACCCCUUGUUGGCAAGUUAUUCUUUCUUCUCACUUGUGCCACGCUGCAGGUAUAUGUAAGUAGCACUUAAAUACGCCCAUUAUUAUCAGAGGCGUUUUAUUCAUAGACUGUACACAGGAAAGUUUUCAUAAAUCAAAGAUGGAUGCAGCAAUAUGUGUGCAUCUUGCAGAGCAGUGGCUGCAGUGUUCGUAAUGAAAUAGUAUAGUUACAAGCAUGGGAAAUAAAUAGCACGAUAAAACAAUAUUGUUGGCAUCAAUAAAACCUGUCGUGAUAGACACGUUAAUAUUGCCUUCACGUGCUUUGCUAGUUCAUGGUCAUUUACAACAGCCAAAGAGUAAAAGUUAACUCAACACUGUAUUUUUCCGGUGUCCCUUCUUCCAGUCGAAUGCAGCCGGGCCAAUGGGUAGGCAUAAAGUAGGGUAAUGACACGUGAAACAAACAAGACUGAAGACUGGAGAUGUGAAGAAGCAGUCAGGACAUCUCCUUUGGGUAUAAAGUGUGACAAAUGAGACAGAUGAAGAGGUGGGAGAUAAGGGUUCGUCCAAACAGCUUUCUAACAUGGUAACAGGGUGGUUAAAAAUAUAGAACGGCCAAGUGAAGAAGUGUGCCGGAGUGAUGCCAUUUUUUUUUACAUCUUCAGAAUAUAAAAAAACUAAUAACUAAACUAAAUCUAAGCACAGAUAACUUGGAAAAUGGAUAAUCCGGGCCCGGAUAAAUGAGAGUUUACUGUAUCCCGGUCACUAUAAAAACUUAGACCCCGAUUCUUGAGUUACAAAAUUUCUGAAAUCUGUUACUUACUGCUCAAGUCACAAAUUUUAGAUUACUUCUAAAGGUCAUUCCUGGGUGCAUAAUAAUCAUUACUUGUUAAUUGUUUUCACAUAAUGUAUGCAGCUGUGUAUACCUAUUCCAACAUUGUGUGAUAUUUAUGGAUGAAUGUAUAUAAAAAAUUUGUUACCCCCCAAGAGGGGUAACAAGAGGAAUGGUUGAUUAGAGUGAACACUAAAACAGUGUUGUGAGGAACACACACAAUGUUUUUUGAAAUUAUUUUAAAAUUCAACAAACCCACACUCAUACAUGCUUGAAAACUUUUACAGCAGCAUACAUGCUUGAAAACUUUUACAGCAGCGUUCUGUUACUGGGAGUAUUCCAGUAAGCAUAACUAAAAACAAAAAAAAAAAUCAAAAUUAACAAAAGGCGACUUUAUCAUUAACUAACAUGAACAAAUUAUCAAAGCUAUUCUAAUCGUAAACAUGAAACAAUAUGCAACAGAAAAAAAAUUUAAAUUACAACACUGUUUACAAAAA